GGAGUCAGGUAUGUGACGUAAGCGCGGUGGGAGGUGCGAACGCAAAGCGGAAAAGCUGAUGUAGGUAACACAGGUACGGGACUGUGUGAAGGUGUGUCUGCUGUCGAUGUACAAAUCUUCCCGAUUUUAUAAAACAGGCACCUAUAAUACCUACGCCAAACUGAGCGCGCUGAUCUUUUUCUAAAGAGGACAUCAGGAUGAAGAACGAGGGAGAGGCGACUGAACGGCCUGACAACACGGCAUUCACUCAGCAGUGGCUCCCGGCAUGGCAGCCCAUACUGUCCGCUGGCAUCGUCAUUCCUGGCUUUCUAAUCAUUGGUUUGGCUUUCAUAGGCAUCGGAAUUGGCCUCUUUCUGACCUCACAGACCAUCCAAGUGCUGGAGAUGGAUUACACAGGCGUUGAGAAGGAUUCACCCUGUUUCCGCUGUACGAUCCAAAGUGUCCAAAACUGCACCUGUGAAGUAACAUUCUCCCUUAGCGCAUUGUUUACGGGCCCUGUCUUCUUUUAUUAUGGCCUGUCUAAUUACUUCCAGAACUUCAGAAAAUAUGGUGUGUCAAAAGACGAUUAUCAGCUCACUGGCGAUACACAGUAUUUCAAGAGUCCACGAGAUGUUUGCUCUCCAUAUUCGUAUGACUCCAAAAAUAACCCCAUUGUCCCUUGUGGAGCUAUAGCGAAUAGCAUGUUCAAUGACACAUUUGAGCUCUACCAAAUAAUCAAUGGAACGAAGAAGAAGGUUCCAUUAGAUGGUAAAGGAAUCUCCUGGUGGACUGAUUACAACAUAAAGUACAGGAACCCUUUGUCUGUGAAUGGCUCGUUUGCGAGCGCGUUUGAUGGUACAGUGAAGCCCAUAAACUGGCCUAAGGCAGCAUAUGAGCUGGACCUCACAGACCCAAACAACAACGGUUUCCUGAACCAGGACUUUCUAGUGUGGAUGAGGAGAGCUGCACUUCCUCAGUUCAGGAAGCUGUUCCGGCGAAUCACAGAGGGUGAUUAUGCCGCGGGGCUCCCUGCUGGAAACUACUCUCUGACAGUCCAUUACAACUACCCAGUACUGAGUUUUGAUGGACGUAAGAAGUUGGUCUUCAGCAACGUGUCUUGGAUGGGAGGGAAGAACGACUUCUUGGGCAUUGCUUAUUUAGUAGUUGGCUCCUUGUGUAUGGUCAUGUCAGUGGUUAUGCUAAUAGUUUAUGCCAAAUUCAAAUUCUCAGAGGAGGAUGAUGCAUGAUGAUGCAAGGCGGCUGUGCUUAUAAAGACCACCUCGUACAUGCAUCUUAAAAACAAGAAAGAAAAGAAAUAAGGGGUUCAUUAAGAUGGAGCCAAAUGUUGUUUUCAGACAAACGUCAU